AUGCUGGGACUUGGGAGUGGGUGAGUAAGCUUCUUUGUUGUUUGAUGUCAGUUUUUAUUAUAAUAUCGAAAACUUUCAUUUCUUUAUUUACAUUUCGUAUCUCACUCACCAACUCAUAUGUAUAUACAAGGAUUGAGCCCUGUUUUAAUUCCAUCGUCAACUGGAUUUUUGUAGCUGGCUAGCUAUAUAUAUAUAUAUAUGUAUGCAUGCAUGUAUGUAUGUAUGUAUCAUAUAUAUACCCUUUGGCUGGCAGUGGCAAUGGCAGUACCAUAUUUAAGGUUAUAGUUGUUGGGUUUUGCCUAUAUUUCUAAUCUCCCCCUCGAUCUCACCAGAAUUCUACCGAGAGAAGCCUUAAUUCCAUAACGUGGAUAAGACCCUUUCAAUUCAUACCUUCGAAAAUCCAGGAUCGGAGAAUUCGCUGAAUAUUUUCUCUCUCUAAUAUAUCUCGUUGUAGAUAAGAUAAAACCAUGUCAUCUUUUCUCUCAUCAGCCUAAUCCUUAGUCCUAGAUUCAAUCUGGGAAGGGGAGAGACGAAGCCUAUGUGGAAGUAUGUGAAGUUAUAAGUACUGGUAUUAAGAGCCGAUAAUCACUCAUCUCUUAUCCUUAGUUUUUCCUUUAAAUUCGAAAUUUAGAGCAUUAAUCGAAUAUCCCAUCCCAAACAGAAAAUAGCCUUUGAUUCUUUCAAACUGUUGCUUUAUCGUUCCUUCUGCUGUUCAUGGACUACUGCAAGGAAGUUGAAGGGAAGGGAGUCCAUGACCCUUUUAACAAGAAUAUGACUACGUUAUCGAGGUGUGUAUGGGUGCCAUAUCCUGUUAUAAUUGGUGCUGGCCCUUCGGGCCUAGCCACAGCUGCUUGUCUCAAACAAAGAGGCAUCUCUAGCUUGAUCCUCGAAAGGGAAAACUGUAUAGCUUCGUUGUGGAAGCUUAAAACCUAUGAUCGUCUUCGCCUUCAUCUUCCAAAGCAUUUCUGUCAGCUACCCUUCAUGCCAUUUCCGGAAAGUUUCCCAACUUAUCCAACGAAAAAACAGUUUUUAUCGUAUUUAGAGUCCUACAAAAAACAUUUUGGUUUAGACCCAGUUUUCAACAAAACCGUUGUGAGUGCAGAAUUCGAUCAUCGAUGUGGGUUUUGGCGAAUUAAGACAUUGGGGCUGAAACAUGAAGAAACCGAGUAUGUGUCUCGAUGGCUGAUUGUUGCUACCGGGGAAAAUGCUGAGGAAGUGGUGCCCAAAAUUGAAGGAAUGGAUGAUUUUGGUGGCCCUAUACUUCACACAAGCUCAUACAAAAGUGGCCGGUUGUUCCGAGGGAAAGAUGUUUUGGUGGUUGGAUGUGGCAAUUCAGGCAUGGAGGUCUGUUUGGAUCUCUGCAACUGUGAAGCUCGUCCAUCCCUGGUCGUUAGAGCUUCGGUGCACGUUUUGCCUCAAGAGAUGCUAGGCAGAUCAACUUUUGGAUUGUCCAUGUGGUUGCUCAAGUGGUUUCCGGUGCGCAUCGUGGAUCGCUUAUUACUUCUGCUGUCGCGUUUUACGAUUGGAGACACUGGAAAAUUCGGCCUCCAUCGGCCCCAGCUCGGUCCUCUUGAGCUCAAGAGCAGAUCUGGCAAGACACCUGUUUUGGAUGUUGGGACAUUAGACAAGAUCAAGAGUGGAAACAUUAAGGUCUACCCAGGAAUAAAGCGAAUAACAUACAAUGCCGCGGAAUUUGUAGAUGGGACAAAGGAGAAUUUUGAUGCCGUUAUCCUCGCCACUGGUUACAAAAGCAAUGUACCACAGUGGUUAAAAGAUAGAGAUUUGUUUUCAGAGAAAGAUGGUUUGCCUCGGGAGCCUUUCCCUAACGGUUGGAAAGGUGAAUGUGGACUGUAUGCCGUAGGGUUUACAAAGCGUGGCUUGCUUGGUUCUUCACUCGAUGCAACAAGGAUUGCUGAAGAUAUUGCCCUUCAGUGGAAAGCUUAGUUGAUGACGCCAGAAAUUUUCAUGAUAUUCGGGGACUGAUUCUCUGAUCUUAGUUUGAUAUAUAAUCAAAGACUAAUGAACUACUUAGCUAGCUAGGCUUUUGCUUUUGUUUUCGCUUUCGCUUUCGCUUUUGCUUUUCCAAGGUCUUCUUUUAGAAGGAAAAAUGUUAAUUCUCAACUUUGUGAAUAUCUUGUAAAUGUCCAUUUUUCCAUAGCCAAGUAAAUUCCUAGUUCUUUAUA